GGAGAUUCCUCUUGAGCCAAGCCAGGCUGCAACGACGAGGAGGCUCGGUAGUCAGCUGAUGGAUCUGAUAAGGCGAACAUUAUCAUUGCUGGUCUCUGUCAUCCACCGACCUCCAGCGCACUUGUUUCCCCCCCCCCUGUCCCCACCACCACUCCACGAUCGGGCGACUGACGGUUUGAUCUUGGGGUGAACUCGGUGUCUCCAUCAUAAGCAGCACGACGCCAAUCCUAUCAGUAUCAUGGAUGGAGACCAUCCCUCUCCCAAGUCCCCGCCGCGGCGACGCCGACCGCCUUUGUCCUGCACGAUCUGCAGACGCCGCAAGUUGAAAUGCGAUCGCGCACUGCCAUGCGGGCAGUGUACCAAGUCAAAGACGCCGGAUCAGUGCAUCUAUGUCGGCCCCCAAGCGCCGAGUUCGUCGCGCGCCGAAAGCACGCCGCCAGACCGCGCCCGCGUCGCCAGCAGUCGGGCCAGCCCCGCGCAUGCCAGCGGCCUGUAUGUCUUCGACUCCAAGCACCAGGCCGCAAACCGGGUGACUAAACCCAAGGUGCGCUCGGACGAGUUGCACGAAUUGCGCAGUCGCGUGCAGUUUUUGGAGAAUGCGCUGGCCAGGACGGGGCCGAUCCACACGCCCGAAAGUCUGGGGUAUGACGCCCCCUCAUCGGAAACCAGGCAGCGCGCGGGCCCGGAGGCGCAAAACCUCAUUGACAACGUCAAGGAUCUCCCGGAAAGGUGUUGCUUCCGGGGGAAGAAGAGCCGGACGCGGUUCGUUGGGCGCUGUCACUCGUCCGUGUCGCUUUCAUUUUUUGAGGAGGUUGGGACCUUUAUGAGAGGUCGUCGCAGCACGCUGAAAAAGAACCCUGAUUACCGAAAGUUCAAGGACUUCAAGGGGGAGAUGUGGUCCCGAGAGAGACAGGACCACCAGCGCGCUUUUCGGGAUAAGCGCUCCACGCUGGAGGAAAUGGUCCCGCCUCGAAAUGUCGCCGAUGAGCUCGUGAAUCUGUAUUUGUCCACAUUCGAGACCACCCACCGAAUCUUACACGUCCCCCUCUUUCUGUCGCAAUACGAGGCCUUCUGGGCGGGCUCGGGGCCGAGGGAGCCGUCCUUUGUGGCGAAGCUGUUGGCCUUGAUGGCUGCCAGCUGUUGCUUUCUGAGUCCAACCACGAAGAUAAACGGCGAGGGCAGGCUGUAUGAAACCGCCGCUGAGUGGAUUGCCGGGGUGCGGUCAUGGGUGACCUCGAUGCUGGUUAGCUCGACAAUCGAUUUCAGCAUCCUACAGAUCGAAUGUCUCUUGAUGAUUGCCCGACAGGCAGAUGCGGUCGAUGGCGAUAUCGUCUGGAUCUCCUCUGGCUCGCUGAUCCGGACCGCCAUGACCAUGGGGCUGCAUCGUGACCCCCAUCGCUUCCCUAAGAUGACGAGGUUCUGGGCGGAGAUGCGCCGGCGGCUAUGGGCCACCAUUCUAGAACUAGAUCUACAGUCUUCAUUGGACGGGGGCAUGCUUCCGACGAUCGAUCUGGAUGAAUACGAUUGCGAACCGCCUUCUAACCUCGACGACUCCCAACUAACCGAAGACAUGGUGGAGGAUCCUGUUCCCAAGGAUCCGGGGACUCUCACACAGAGCACGUUCCAGGUCUUACUGUACCAGUCAUUGCCAUUGCGACUGCACAUCGCUAAAGCGAUCAACAGCCUGAAGUUCACCCUACCAUACGACGAAGCUCUCCGGCUUAGCGAAGAUCUGGUACAAGCCAUGCACUAUGGUCUGGGGACCUUUCAUCAACCUGGGUCCGCGCACCCAUAUGCUGAGGGCAAAGAUCUGUCCUUCGCCAAGUCUCUUUUCGCGUUCCUGUUACGUCGGUCUCUUCUUGUCCUCAACCGACCGUUCGCCCUGAGCAUCUUACGAUCACCGAAAUUUUCCUACUCGCGCAAGAUCUGCCUGGAGUCGGCAUUGGAGAUGCUCUCCCACCACGAACCGCCAGCCAACGACCAGGCGUGCCCGCAUCUAGGACAGUUAAGCGGGGGGAUGUUUCGCGACGAGUUUCAACACGCAGCUUUGACGGUCUGCGUUGAACUGCACCUACAGGCGGGCGAGUUCAACACAGCCACCCCAUCCACAGUGGGCCAGUCCAGUGCUUUGACCUCGUUGAACGACCUGGUACGGUCCCAGCAGGAGGUGAUGAUCGGGGCCGUGGAACGGACGAUCGAGACCUUCGGCAGCCGGAUAGGAGCCAGUGGUAAAGGAAGCAAGGCUUUUUUCUUCCUCUCCCUGGCCCUGGCGUCCGUCAAGGCGCGACUCAGUGGGGAGACCCCCCACAAGGUGAUUGAGCGGGAAGCCAUGCGAUGCAUGCGGGCAUGCGAGCAAAUAAUGCGGGGGGCAUCUUGGGCGGCCGUCCGAGAUCAAAGCCAGACCGAAUCAACGCCUUCCUUUGCUAGCCCGUCGUUGAACCCCGCGGCUACUCCCGAUAUAUCAUUCGAUCCCGCCUCCUUCGGCCUGGACACGUCCCUGGAUUUCGGUAAUCUGUUCGACAUGACUGACUACGGGAUGCCGGAGAUGUGGGACCAGGAUUUUCUUACCAUGUUUUAGGGUUCGAGCCGAGGCGUUGGAGGGAGGGAGGGAACACGGGGAGUUUUACUACCAUGUACGCGGCGUAAAAGUUUCAUGUGAUCACCAGCCGGGUAUCAUUAAUAGGCUUUAGAACUUGUAUUAUUGAGGAAUUACCACUUGUCAUCUAGAUACCCUGAGUCUCGUUCUUUUGUUGGUGCCGAUGAAGAUCGGCACAUGUGGCGAUCUUCGCGAUGGUCCAUAUAUUCAGCCAUUCUUCCACUCUCUCUCUUUCUUUCAUCUCUCUCUCACUCACUCACUCACUUACUCUCACUCUCUUCACCUAUUAAGCCACA